CACACACACACACUCACAGGCAAGCCAAGCGCAUAAGCACAACAAGCUAAACGAAAAUAGAACGGAAUAAUAGAAAUAAAGACGGAAGUGACAACAGGACGGGCAUUGCAUAAAUAUUAGUUCGCGUGGGUUGACUUUUCGCCGUUUUCCCCCCGUGCUUUUCCCUCGCUUUCCACGCUCCGCCGUUUGAUUGAAUAACAAGCUAGUGGCGAAUUGGCAGUGCCAAGUGCAGUUGUCACCUUGCAUUAGCCGAAAACUAAGGGGACUUGAAAAAUGUUUUCACUUUCUCGCCACGCACUGCGGAGCUCUCGAAAUUUCGCACUAGCGGCCGCUACUUUUCCAUCUAGCCGCUGCUAUGCAGAUUCACGUCAAAGCAACGACAACCCGGCCAAGAGGGAUUACACCGGAAUAGCAAGCAUGGAGAAUAAGAGCGAAAAGGUUACCGUGAACAAGGAGGAGCUGCGCAAGCGCCUGACACCGCUGCAGUAUCAGGUUACACAGGAGGCUGGCACCGAGCGCCCAUUCACAGGCUGUUACAACAAGCACUACGAGAAGGGCGUGUACCAGUGCAUUGUGUGCCACCAGGACCUGUUCAGCUCGGACACCAAAUACGAUUCCGGCUGCGGAUGGCCGGCCUUCAACGAUGUCCUCGACAAGGGCAAGGUUACCCUGCACCGGGACGCCAGCAUUCCAGGCAUGGUGCGUACUGAGGUGCGCUGCUCCCGGUGCUCCGCCCACAUGGGCCACGUCUUCGACGACGGACCGCCGCCCAAGCACCGCCGCUUUUGCAUCAACUCUGCGUCGAUCGACUUUGUGAAGAGUGCACCGGCGCCAUCGAAGGCGGAUCCACCGGCGGUUUCAUCCAAGAAAUAAUGUCCGGGAGGAUAUUGCAGCUGGAGGGGAGCCCUAUAUAGAAACCUGGAGGAAAUACCACACAACACAGUUAGAUUUCUAUACAAAGACACUUUUACUUUUGUCAAGUCGAGAGAAAGAUAUUUAGAUAUUUUAUAGGAGUUUAUUAUGCGAAGAAAAACGAAGCUUGUACAAGAACGAUAUUUGGAAAUGUAUUACGGAACGAGGAGUGAGAGAUAAGUGUUGUAGAUCGUUCAAAGAUCAAUUGAAAUUGUAUAUGUAUCUUUUAUAUGUUACCCUAAACUACUCUUUCGGUUUCAAACUUUUAUAAUCAGGGGUGCCAUAAAAAUCCUUGGAUUGGUAAAUAUUUUAAAAAGCAAUGCAGUAUACAAUUUUCCGUUAAUUAAAGUAACACUAUUUAAGUUACUUUCAAAUCCGUUGCGAUUUCUGUGGCAUCCCUGAAUAUCUCACCAUACUUUUCGUACCUAUUUAGGUGUUUUGAGAGAAAAUUCUUGCUUUGGUUUAUUAUUUACUCUUUUCUUUUGAGCUGCUUACUCGGCAUUCCCAUCGAAAUGUAUUAAAAACUAAUGAAUGUUAACAACGAUUUACACAA